CUCAUCCGGAGGAAGAAGCAACUAGCCAAGAAGCCUCAGCAGUCACACUUGCCAAAGCAGCUCCGUUUAGCCAGAGGGCUCCACUUUCAGCAUUUACUGUUUAAAUGUGAAUUUACACUUUUAAACACGAUCGCUCUGCCUCUCGCGCUGUCUGUGUUGUGUUUGACACGAGACUGGGAGUGGGAUUUUCUUGACCGUAACUUAACGGCGGUGGCAGUUGUUAGACCGGUGUUUUCGGCACAUCCUCGCAGCGGAUUUACAAAGCCUCCCCGGAGCCCGCAAUGAUAUUCAGCACCUUGGACAGAGACUGAGCAUUUCAGCACCCUGGGCAGCGAUUCACCAUCCGGAGGCUAUGGAGAGGCUGGCACGUGGCAAGAGGAGGGGGAAAGGAUGGAUCCUCAGCCCGGUGUAAAAGCCUCCCCCCAGGGACGCCAGCCUCAGACGCAAGGCCUCAUGGACCGUUGACCUGCUGUUUCUGUGAUUUAUGGCGGCUGGAGGCCUCAGGCCACUGCAGACUACUCUUCUCCAUUUCCCCAAACACACUCUUCAGCACUGCAAUGAGCCACACACACUGCACCACCAUCUACAGGAGUAUCCAAAGAGGGAUUCCUCAUACAUGCUGAGCCUCAACACACCUGUACAUAUAUCUACUGUUUACUGGACUGUCUCAUACAAAAAUAAACACAUUUGUAAACAUUCCUACGCUACAGCACAGAGUUGUGCCAUCCCAUCACAUGUCCUUUGGACUAACUCUGCUAUCAGAGUGUUCGUCCUUUGACUGUGUGUUGAUCAGUUAUGGUGUGUCAACUGUAGAGUCUUCUGUGUAACUGCUGCUCAGGGGCAGAGCUGGAUCAAUGGAAGUGUACUGAGUAACGAAGUGAUUUUCGUGUUUUCACAUGGUCUGAGAGCAAUCAGCUGCCAGCAUCUCUUUGUUGAUCUCACACAGGACUCUGCAUCUACUUUGAAGUAAUAACAGACUAUUAGUGCAGUGACUUGUAGUAUUAAUUUGAUAUUAAACAUACUGUAGCUGGUCAGUUACUCCUGUGCACAUGAAAUCUGUCAUACCACCUUAAUAACCCUUUUUUCUUCACCUUUAAAGGUUUGGAGUGUACACAGUACAUUUUACUGUCUGGACUAUUUUAUUUUUACAUUUGAAAGCUGUGGCCUCAAAGUGAGAGCUAACAGGUGCCCUCGCCAUGGUGUUGCCGCCUCCAGACAAACGCCACGUGUGCCUGACCACCAUUGUCAUCAUGACCAGCAUGGCCUUCAUGGACGCCUACCUAGUGGAGCAGAACCAGGGUCCCAGGAAGAUUGGUGUGUGUAUCAUUGUGCUAGUAGGAGAUGUUUGCUUCCUGAUAGUGCUACGGUACGUGGCAGUGUGGGUUGGUGCCGAGGUGCGCACUGCCCGACGAGGAUACGCCAUGAUUCUUUGGUUUCUGUACAUCUUUGUCCUGGAGAUAAAACUCUACUUUGUCUUCCAGAAUUGUAAGGCUGACAGGAAGAGUCUGGAGACAGUGGCAAGGAAAGCUUUGACAUUACUAUUAUCUGUUUGCGUGCCCGGUUUAUACUUGGUUCUGGUGGCUCUGGAUAGUAUGGAAUAUGUGAGAACUUUCCGGAAGAAGGAGGACAUGAGGAGUCGUCUGUUCUGGGUGGCUCUGGAUUUAUUGGACUUGCUGGAUAUCCAGGCCAACCUGUGGGAGCCCCAGUGGACAGGCCUGCCUAUCUGGGCUGAAGGCCUGAUGUUCUUCUACUGCUACAUCCUGCUGCUGAUCUUGCCCUGUGUGUCACUCAGUGAAAUAAGCAUGCAGGGGGAGCACAUGUCACCUCAGAAGAUGAUGCUGUACCCAGUCCUAAGCUUGGUCACCAUAAACAUGGUCACCAUCCUAAUACGUGGUGUAAACAUGGUGUUGUUCCAGGACAGCCGUGUUUCCACCAUCUUUGUUGGCAAGAAUGUGGUGGCCAUUGCCACCAAGGCUUCCACCUUCCUGGAGUACCGCAGACAGGUAAAAGAGUUUCCCCACCCACAAAACGCAAUGGCGCUAGAGUUGCAGCAGAACUCUGUCAGCCACACGCAGCCACUGCCCAAUGCCACCAGUUUGCCACAUGAACCUUCACCAGCGCAGGAUGUCAUUGACACAUGACCACCACAGCUGGACUCAGCUUUGUUAGAAAUUGACUGAAAAUUCUGGGGUUGGAGGAUAGAAAAUCAGCUGCAUGACAGGAUGAUAUUCUGCUCUUGUCAAGCUCACAUGAACUGCUAUAAACCCAUAAAAGAGAUUUUUAGCAUCACCUGCCUGUCAGAAUAUGCUGUAAACCUACACCUGACUCUGUGUGCAGCGUGCAGACUUUAAAGUCAGAACAAAGAUUUUUAUCGUGCUAUUGUGUUUUUAUUUGUUUCAGAUGUUUUAAAAGUCGAAACUUUAUUAAGAGACAAUCUCCACACUGCACAGCUUGGUAAUAUUAUGUUGUGUAAAAUGGACAACUGGUUUCCCCUCACUGAGUAUCCUGUAUUCUUUGAAGGUCACUUAUUUUGACAGUGCAUCUGCGGCAUUUCCUCUGAAUUCCAGCACCAAAGGACAUACCAGUCAGCAUGAAGUACUGAUGGAGAGAAGGAGCUGAGACUAAUAAGGGUCAAUCAUGAGGGGCUAUCUGUGCUGUGCUACAGCAAGGUUGGAGGCUUCUGUGCUGAGACAGGACCUCUGUUGAAGCUGCUGCCUCUGUCAGUGUAACGCUUUAUGGCCAAAGGUCUGAUUAAAGCACCGGCACCACACCACUA